AUGGCGACCACGCCGCCGAAGCAGAACCCUAAUUCAGGCGACCCGAGCGAGGCCGUUAACUCUGCUGCUGCCUCGGCUCCGGCGGCGCCCGUUCGCAUAUGGAGCUCCCUCUUCGCCGGCCCGCCUCCGAGCAAGGAUACCAGACUCCUCGCCGCCGUUUCCGACCACCAUCGACGCCUCUUCCGGGGCCGCCGAAGCCGACGCCCUACUCUCCCACUACCCAUCUACCGUCCCCCGAUGUUGUUUUGCAGGGAUACCGAUGAGAUGGCGAUAGCUCGUGCCAUCUUAGAAGACAUUGUGCACCACACUCUAUCUAGUUUGCAUACUAUUCAGGAAAUCUUACUCUAUUGGAAGUCGAGAGCUGAGCAAACAAGAUUACAGAGAAUGUAUUUUAUGGCAUGUCAAAGAGGUCCCAGAGCCUUUGUUGAAGCAGCAUGCGGAAUGCUGUCUAGACUCAGGAGCAAUACGAGUCCUUUCCCGUACCUUUUGAACUCUGCGAAUUGUAUGCUGACUACAAAACGUGCUCGCCUGAAAAGCAUGAAACGCUGCUUGGCAGCUUUUCUUGCUGAGGUUUAUUCAGAAGUUAGUAAACACAUGGAAGGGCCACCUGAAAGUUCCGAUAAAUCGCUGCAUACACUAUUCAUUGUUUUGAACAGGGUCUUCCCCAAACUGGAGGCAUCACUUAGAAAUGCUAGUGAGGGGGGAGCCGCAUUAUUUACACAUGACGGAAACUCAUCUGAACUUCUCUUCAAAAGAUUACCUGAAGUUGAUGUUGAGAGUUCACAGUGGACAGAGGCAUUAUCAACAGAUGCUAUAGGUUUGAUCUACCAAAAUCUCCAGAAACUAGAUAGUUUUAUUUCCUCUCAGUUUUCAAGCCUAAAAAAACCAAACAAUUUGACCGUAUACUGGAUACCCUACACAUGUGGAGCGAUUGGCCUCUCUGCAUGUUCUCUAUGGCUUUUACGCCAUAGCAACUUAAUGGGAAGUUCUGAUAUGGACAACUGGACUCAGUGUGGCAAGGAGUUGGUCGCUAGAUUUCGGGAUAAGCAUUUUGAGAAACCAAGCAUUCCCCUUAAAGAGCUCUUCGAGACAUUCGAAGGAACAGAUGAACUUGCAAUGGAGCAAGAGAUCCAACAAACUGACAGAUCAUUGCGCAGGAUGUUGUCUGCCUUUUGUGAAAAAAAUUCACUUGAAAAGAUGCCCCAAGAUGUAUCAACACAAGCGCUGGUGGGGACUGCCACGAAGAGAUAUGUGGAGGAAUCAAUUCAUCCAAUUCAAAAUGAGUUCAGUGAAGGAUUAGCAUAUGUCAUGCUUCUGAAGGAGAAAGAGGCAAGCUGUAAUUUCGGGUUGAUACUGUACAAUCUGGAUAGUUUAUACAAAGAUGUUGAGUCGGAUGCCAAACGAACAGGCGAAUGGUCAAGCGUGAGAGAAGAUAUAGUUGUACUGACAAAGCCUCAUCUGGGAAUGGAAGACCAUCUCUUUGCUCUUUCACGUCUGCAGGACUUGUAUGCCUGCAUAUUCCAGUCCCCGUGCCCAGGAUCUGCUUACCACCAACUGCAGCUACUCGGAUCACAGAGCGACGAUAUUCAAACUUGA